CUUCCGUCCGCUGCCACUUCCUGCCCUGUUCUCUGCUCUCCUCUCCUCCGGCGGUGGGAUCAUGGCGACGGUGUAAGUUGAUCCGCAUUGAACACAGCGAACGCCAGUUUAUUUCUAGUAUCAUCCCAGUGAAUCAAAAAAUAUCAUCAUGCCGGGAAUCCCGGGUUCGCUUACUUUCGACGAGUAUGGUCGUCCUUUCAUCAUAAUUCGUGAUCAGGACAAGCAGAACAGAUUAACUGGCAACGAUGCUAUCAAGUCUCACAUCAGCGCUGGGCGCCAGAUUGCGAACACACUGCGAUCAUCGUUGGGCCCCAAAGGACUCGAUAAAAUGAUGGUGUCAUCUGAUGGGGACGUUACUGUGACUAACGAUGGUGCCACUAUCCUGAAGAUGAUGGAUGUUGAUCAUGAAAUAGCCAAGCUCAUGGUUCAGCUUUCCCAGUCUCAAGAUGAUGAAAUCGGCGAUGGAACCACUGGUGUUGUAGUGCUGGCUGGAGCUCUAUUGGAGCAAGCGGAACAACUUUUGGAUAAAGGCAUUCACCCCAUUCGCAUCGCUGAUGGAUUUGAGCUGGCUGCACAGUUUGCUGUGAAGCACUUAGAAUCCAUUGCUGACAGUUUUCCUGUAGAUGCCAAGAACCCGGAGCAUCUUAUUAAAACUGCCAUGACUACGUUAGGCUCUAAAAUUGUCAACAAAUGCCAUCGUCAAAUGGCUGAAAUUGCUGUGAAUGCUGUCAUGGCUGUUGCUGACAUGGAGAAGCGCGAUGUUAACUUUGAGCUGAUCAAGAUGGAGGGCAAAGUUGGUGGCCGCUUAGAAGACACCAUGCUUGUCAAAGGGGUGAUUGUUGACAAAGACAUGUCACAUCCUCAAAUGCCCAAGGUACUUCGAGAUGUGAAGCUUGCCAUUCUCACAUGUCCUUUUGAGCCUCCAAAGCCCAAAACAGCUCAUAAGCUGGAUGUCACAUCUGUGGAAGACUACAAGGAGCUUAGGAAAUAUGAGGUGGAGACUUUCCUCAAGAUGGUGCAGCAGGUUAAGGAUGCUGGUGCAACCCUAGCAAUUUGCCAAUGGGGCUUUGAUGAUGAAGCAAACCACCUUCUCCUUCAAAAGGAACUGCCUGCUGUUCGCUGGGUUGGAGGGCCAGAGAUUGAGCUCAUCGCCAUUGCCACUGGAGGUCGUAUUGUCCCCAGAUUUGAAGAAUUGUCACCAGAGAAGCUAGGUCAUGCUGGUCUUGUGAGAGAGCUUGUCUUUGGAACUACCAAGGAGAGGAUGCUGGUUAUCGAAGAAUGUAAAAACUCUAGGGCUGUUACUAUUUUCAUCAGAGGUGGAAACAAAAUGAUUAUUGAAGAAGCUAAGCGGUCUCUCCAUGAUGCACUCUGUGUAGUUCGCAACCUUGUUCAAGACAACAGGGUAGUCUAUGGUGGAGGUGCAGCUGAAAUUUCCUGCGCAAUUGCCGUCUCCCAGGAGGCUGACAAGAUCUCAACUCUUGAACAGUACGCUUUCCGUGCCUUUGCUGAUGCCCUGGAAAUGAUUCCUUUGUCUUUGGCUGAGAACUCAGGUUUAUCCAACAUGGAAACUUUAACUGAAGUGAAAGCCCGACAAGUGAAGGAGAAGAAUCCAGCUCUUGGCAUUGAUUGUAUGCUUAAGGGUACUUCAGAUAUGAAGGAGCAGCACGUCAUAGAAACACUUCAUAGCAAGAAACAACAACUUCUUCUUGCUACACAAAUGGUUAAGAUGAUUCUGAAGAUAGAUGAUAUCCGUUCACCAGCUGAUCAUUAAUCUCUCCUUUAUCUCAUGUGUGGUGGUGUUGACCACUGUGAUACAGUCAUAAAAUUAAGUACUAUUAGUAUUUUAUGAGAUUCAUCAUCAUCUACUUAUUUUUCAGCCUAUGGUUCAUUCCAGUAUACAAAAUGCAUUUGA